AUGGCAAGCACGCUCUAUCCCACCGGUAGCGUCCAUAAUAACACUUCUUUCGACGCGCCUCCUGGUUAUUCUGUGUUCUUCGCCUCCGAUCGUGCCAUGAUGAACACGAAACUGGUUGCAAGCGCUGAGGGUACUACCUCUAACUCCGCCGAUGACGGCUUUGGCACGGGUACGGGAGGCAACCCAAUAAACUUGAUCCAGGGUCAGCUCUCUGGAGUACACUCCGUAGAGAUUGAGUGUUCCACCACCUGCGCCUCGCAACCGACGUUACUCCGGUGGACCAUACGCAAUGGGGUAUAG